CAACAUUUACAUUACAAUCUCUGUUUGCGCCAAAUCCCAACAACGAACCUCAUCACCGCCACACCUCCGCGAUCGCCCACGACUGAUGCUCUAGCCCUCGUCGCUGCCUACCACGAGCUCUUCCAUCCUUUGAAACGCCGCCGACGCCGCCGCCGCUUUCAUACCACACUUCCUUCCUCACGCAUCUGCAGCGGCAACAGACCUGUCGCCAGCAGCGCUGCCCGAAGCAACCCACCCCACCGACCGCCUCGGAUCAUCGUAACUGGAGAACAACUGUGGCGUAGCACACCCCGGCGCAUCGCGGCGCAAGCCGUUUGCCAGCGAAGGAAGAGACGGGGAGGCAGUGCCAGAGAAAGACGAAGAAGAAGAGACCCGAAACCAGUGAGGCUGAGUGGAAGUAGAGUAAAAGACCAGAACAUACGGUACACUUGGUUGUGUACUAGCAACGCUUGGAGGUCGAAUGUGGUCACCAUCCUGCGAUGGAUCCGCAAAGCCAGUCUUUUACACCGUCAUUCAAUACCAUCACGACAACCAAUAGCAAUACCAGCACUGGGGUCAGCAGUGAUCACUGGCGAUUACAAACGGAUAUUGUCAGAGUGCAGCAAAUUCAGGCGGAACAUUCCGAGAGGAUUGCAAGACUGGAGCGGAAGCAGGACGACGAUGCGCGGAUGAAGAGCGUAUGGGGAACUCAGUCACCUUUUCCGAGUGUUUUGAGCGGGACACCGCAGCACGGACCUCUUCAGCAACCGCUUCCGGAUCGCUUUGCCAACUUCGACGACGAGGCCAAUAACCUGAUGAGCAGUCUUCAUCUCGAUGCCGAGGAGGAGCCUCGCAGUAGAGCCCUGGGAGCCACUUCCAGGGCGAACAGCGUGCGGUUCGAUGAAAGUGCAAAUCAGAAUCACUUUUCGCAUUCCUCCCGACCUUCCAUGGACUCCUUCUCUCGGACUAACAGUGGAUUAGGGGGGCUACAGAUGACCGAGCGGACUUCGUCGCACAAGUCCGAGGGCCGUGCUAGCUCGGUGCAUUCGAUGAGAUCAGCUGCAUCGGGACGUGCCAGUAGCCUCAACCUGGAAACUGCUGCCUAUGGCUUGGACUCCUUACGCUCGCCGAUGGAAAUGCCCGGUCUCGCUCCUGGACUUUUGUUGCUCGGCGCCGUUCCUGCUGUCAUCCGGUGCUGGAUGAAUACAAACUUCAAACACGACGCACUGCUCUAUGCUGCAGUUUGCACUGGAUCAUACAAGUCGUUCCUCGAUCUUCGGCUAAUACGAAAACUCGGGUUCGAGAAUGUGAUUGCAGCGAGUGGGGAUGGCUACCGCACAGUAGAACUACCAAUAUACUUCCCUGAGGCAGUUCCACAUCCUGCGUCCUCCAGAUCUGGCAGUCCUGCGCCGCAGCUGCCUUCAUUACGCGUGGAGUUUCGCGUAAUCGAGCAGGAUGGUCAGGACAACGACGACAAGGCAAUACAAAUUUUCAUCGGAAGUGAUGUACUUCGAGCGCACAAUGCGGACAUACUCUUCUCAUCGAACAGCAUGACGCUGUACGACGAUGAGCGCAGUAAGUUGAGCAUACCCCUUUCGCGACCUGAGAAUGCGGCUGCAUUCAAUACAUUGUAUGUGACGAGCGGCUCGACUUGGUCCGGCAACGUUCCGGCAAAGACGCAGGUCACUCCAGAGCGGGCUACAUACCUCAAUGGCCUUGGUGGAGACAGCAGUACGGCAUCUAUUUCAUCGGCGGCAGCAAGUCCGCCGCUCGGCAAGUACCGACCUCCUGGAGCUCUGGCAGCAGAGUCUGGCGCGAUUGAUGCCAAUAGAGCUGUUGGUAUCAUCGGAUCUGAUCCCGAUACGCGAUCUACCACGUCCUCGCGACCUUCCCUUGCCAUGCUCAACACCAGCUCCGAACGCGAAGAGACAUCGUCCGAAGCAGGAGCUUCCAUGUCUACACCUGCGAAAUCCGCUGGCACUCCCGCGAUAUGGUCUAGCUGGCGUCGUGAUGGACCAGGUACCGCAUCAUCCGCUACAGCCUCUUCGUCGCCGUCGGUAGGCAUUCUCGACUGGGCCAAUGCCGGCCGAAACCGAGAGGUAGCAUAUCAGCGCAAAGAGACCGGAAUCAAAGUCCUCAAACCCAAGACUGCUGUUCGGUCCUUUUCUACGACGAGCGCAACUGCUGUUUCUGGUACCGCUAGCCCUCCUAUUGCUCUUACUUCGACUCCUACCACUAGUGGAGAAGGUAGCAAGAGCAGAUUCUUUGACGAUGGCCGAAGGAUCAAUGGUGGUAGUGGUGGCGGUUCCUCGGAGAAGGUCACAGCUGCGAAUACCAAGGAGAAUACGGGAUCGAGUAGUGGUACCAUCAAGACCAAGGCGAACCCCAUAGGAGGGGCUUCGGCAUUUUCUUGGUUGGGUAAAUGAUGGCCUGUAGGGUGGUGAUGGUGCCCAGCAAGCAAGCAGCAAUUGUAGCUGGCACCAUUGUCGGUUCUUGUUGGUGUUGGUGUUGUUGUUGUUGCUGUUGUCGUCAUAGACUCCAGAAAAAUGCUAGUCCAAACGCUUGUGAUGAAAGAUGAAAGACAACCAAUAACUACCGUGUGUCACUCCAUAUCUGGUCAGGGAGUAAGGUAGAUAUCUUAUGUACCAAGUUAGGUAGUGAAGUAAAAACAAAUUGUCACAUUG